UGGACAUUGAACCGCGCGCGUUUGCAGACAGUGUGAUACAUCGCGCGCAGUUACUGUGGGACACACACACACACACACACACAUACAUACAGAGGAGCUCCGGGUUUCUACGGUAACGCACUGCAUUGGCUAUUUCUGUUCCGAGGAUGCAGAAUGUGAGAGGAAAACGUUUGACAGCAGGAAGAUGAGUUAGGAGUCUAUUAAGAGUCUAGACAAAGUGGUCUCAAAAGGAUCUGGAAGGAUUCUAGCUGCCAUCUGUACUAAUAUCAUGGUGGUCAUGACACAUCUUGAGCUGCCUGCCAUCACACUGACGCUCCUCUGCAGCUCAGCAUCUGUGCUGUGGGGCUUCCCAUUUGGACCUGUCCUUGAGCUGGAUGUCAUUCCUAGGACCACUGUGCCUUUUAAUGGGCUUCUUGGAUGUAAUCAUUUCCGUGGUCAGACUGUAAACUACAGUACUUUGCUGCUGGAGGAUGGACAUGACACGUUGUAUGUGGGGGCCAGAGAGGCCCUGUUUGCCCUGGACACAGCCAAUAUCUCAGUUAUCCACACCAACAGUUCUAUCGAUUGGGCUGCAUCUGCAGAACAGAAGAAACAGUGCUUAAGCAAAGGAAGAGACGAUCAGACAGAAUGCUACAAUUAUGUUCGGUUUCUUGAUCGGUAUAACGAGACUCACCUCUACACCUGUGGGACCCAUGCCUUCCGACCUCGCUGUGCAUACAUAGAUGUGGAGCGAUUCAGCUUUGUGCGUUUUGAGGAAGGCAAAGACAAAUGUCCCUAUGACCCAGCCAAAGGUUACACAGGGUUCAUCGUGGAUAGUGAGAUGUACUCCGCCUCACAAUAUGAGUUUCGGAGCUCCCCUGACAUUCGUCGUAACUUUCCUUUUCCCAACCUGAAGACAGAGGAGACUCCAAUUAGAUGGCUCCAGGAGGCGGACUUUGUUGGCUCAGCAUUAUUGAGAGAAAGCAUCAACAGCUCCACUGGGGAUGAUGACAAAGUUUACUUCUUCUUCACUGAGAGAAAUCCAGAGCAGAAGCCUUACUCCAGUCAGACCAGAGUGUCCAGGGUGGCCAGGGUCUGUAAGGGUGACAUAGGAGGUCAAAGGACUCUUCAGAGGAAGUGGACAUCCUUUUUGAAAGCCCGACUUGUGUGUUCAUUUCCUGAGUAUGAGUUGCAGUUUAACAUCCUGCGUGGUGUGUAUGUGCUGGAAGGACCUAAUGUUCAUGACAGUAUCAUCUUUGCCAUCUUUGGACUUGAAUGGAAAAAUGUUAAAACAUCUGCAGUUUGUCAAUACUCCAUCAAAGAUGUCCAGACUGCAUUCGAUGGCCCCUACAUGGAACUCCAAGACUCUAAAUGGAGGGAAUACACUGGGAAAGUUCCAGACCUUAGGCCUGGCUCAUGCAUAACUGAUCAGCACCGGGCUCAGCUCAUAAAUUCAUCACGGGAUCUGCCAGAUAACCUGCUCAUGUUUGCUCGGAGGCACCCUUUAAUGGCCAGAGAAAUCCGGCCAAUAGGAGGGCGACCCCUACUGUUCAAAAAGAGCACUGAUUAUACCAGGAUAGCUGUUCUUAAGGUCACUGCCUUGGAUGGGAACACAUACAACAUGAUCUUCACAGGAACAGACGAUGGGUGGAUGCAUAAGGCUGUACAGCUAGGAGAUCAGGUGCACAUCAUUGAAGAGCUGCAACUGUUUAAGGAGCCACAGCCUAUAAACAACAUGGUUAUUUCAUAUAGACAGAAAAGUGUAUAUGUGAGUGCUGCGUCAGGAGUGGUGCAGGUGCCUCUGUCUUCCUGUAUGCUGUACACCUCAUGUUAUGGCUGUGUGUUUGCACGAGACCCACUGUGUGGAUGGGAUGGAAGACAGUGCGUUGAAAUAUCUACAUACCCUGUCAGGUCCAACUUAACUCAGGACAUUCAGAUGGGUAACAGAGGGUGUGACAACAUCACAGAGGAUGGUUUUGUGACCCAUCGCACUCGUUCAGUGAUGGUGGGACAUGACAUGCUCUUGCUUUGUGAGCGUCGUUCCAAUCUGGCAGUUCCCCACUGGACUCUGAAUGGUGAACAGCUGCAGAGUUAUGCUGUGGACACUAGCUAUCGGAUUGGCACUGAUGGCCUCCUCAUAAUCGGGGCUCAGACCCAGCACAGUGGCCAUUACUGCUGUUAUGGUGUGGAGAAUGCUGUUUGGAUUCCCAUACGCAGCUACAUGGUUAGGGUGCAGCCAAUUCCUCCACCUUCACCCCAUCUUCCCACAGAUCCAACUGCCCUACCAGAGAGGUUCUUCACCACUAGCACACUGUCUGUCAGCCCCUCUACUGGAUCCAUAGAGCAGCCUCUGCACCCACUACCCUCCAGGCCUGAGUUCCACACCAACCGACACAUGGAGGCUAUGUAUAUUUCUUUGGUAGCUGUUUUAGGUGGCCUCUGUCUUGUGCUGACUGUGGUGCUUUUGUAUGUUAGCUUCUGUACACAUAUUGCCCCUAGUCACAGGAAGUAUUCUCAGCAUGAGUUGUCCAUUACCCCUAUCACAGAGAGGAAACGCAGCUCUCAUGUGGAGCUGAAGACAAUCUCCAGCCACUGCAAUGGGAGAACUGAUGGGCUUUAUGCAGCAACAUCAGCAGAUGGAGAAUUCCUGCAGAUUAUUACAGGUGAUAUGCAGAUCAGCCCUAACAAGGAGCCUCCUCCAGCUCCUCCACUCCCCAUGCCUCCUCCACUGCCAUCCACAGAGUACGCAAAUGGCUUGUCGGCCACGUUACCAAGUGUUUUAAGGAAAAUAAAUGGGAACAGCUACAUGCUCCUGAGUCAGAUGGACUCAGAUAUGACCUCACCUCUUUACCAUUCUUUCACAGAAGAGCUCAACAGGAUCUUAGAGAAGAGAAAACACACACAGCUGGAUAUGGAGCCAGACGAAAGCUCAGUGUAGCCCCAGCUCUGCGUAAUAAGAGUAGUGGCACCUUUUGGAGGAAAUCUUAACUGUUGUUAAAGCCGUAUUUUAUUAACUAAAAUAAAUGUGGUGUAUUAUUAUGCUGUAUUUGCACUGUAUCCUGAUGUGAACCUCAAGUUCUAUAGAUAUUACGAACCAUGAUUUGGAUGUGUUUGUUAUUGAGGACUUUGCAAAACUCUAAUAACAUAACCAUAAUAUGUCUAAUUACAUAAUGUUGUACAACAAAUAUUUAUUUGAUCUUAAAUGGCAAGGGAAAGACCUUAAAUAGAGGUCAUGUUCUCAGAGGACUGUGAGACGCAUAAACAUGCAGAACGAAAGGAAAAAAAAACAAUGUAAAGUCAUUGAUGAUCGGUGUAUGUAAAUUACAUUCAUUUAUUUGUAUCUUACUGCAGGGGUCUUGUCCUCGGGUCAUAGCAGCCCCUGGUUUUGCACAAAAUGUCUAAAUUCUAACACACCAGAUCUUCAAACUGUGUUUAGUAGUUUAAAAAACUGCAAAAUAUGAUCUCAUUGAUGAUAGCAAAUGUAAAUGGAAUUCAGAGCUUACAUAACAGCUCUAGCACUCGAGUUACUAAAAUUGGAAAUAACAAAGAAUUCACUGAAGAUCUAAGUAAAGUGAUAGGACCAAGCUUAGAUGCUGAAGGACCAGAACAAAAGUGCAAAUGGAAAACAUGCUGUGGACAAAGGAACCUAUUGAAUUUCUUGCCAGUGCAUAAGCCCAUUUUCGCCACCCACAGAAAUACACGAUAUUUUCAUUUAUAACAUUCAGCUGCUUUUUUCUAAAGUGAUCACUUUACCAACAAAUAUGGGCAGGGUUGUUUUUUAAUAUCCAAGAGCUGUAUAAUGUCCAGAGGGGAUAAAGCAGAGUUUCAUUCACACUGAUUAAAGAAAAAUCAACGUUGCGAAAAGGAGUUGUUAGAAUAGUGACAACACAGCAAAAUGUUGAGAAACUGGGGAUGCAUUCAAAUACCCUCUAGAGGACAUUGCAGCAAUGUAGGAAAUGCACCAUUUUGGCCUUGAGCCAUUUGAAGUGAAACCCUCAUCAUUAUAAAACAAGCAAAAUUUGCACUGCUUAAUGCAUGGUCACAGGAAAUACAAAAUCAGUAUCACUUCUCAGCUUACAGUGCUUCUUCAACUACAUGUAUACAUACAACCUCUGUUUGUAUGUGUACAGAAUUCUUCAUCAGCACUGCCACAUGACCCAUACAUGUUAUAUAUCAUCUUCUAAUUUUCAUCUUUAAGCCAAGACUGUCCCAAUACUUGUGUUCACCUUAAAUGUAGUCCUCACGAGGUUAGUAACAUACCAUUCUGUGUUAAUACACAUUUUGUUGUUCAUUUUCAUCACUUUCAGACUGAGCGUACACCAAGAAUAAUAAUUCAGUACAGUAGGCACACAGGAAACUGUACUGGUUUACAUUAAGGUCUAACUAAUCCAGUUUGUUAUUAUAUCAGUGACUAAAGUGAGCUGAUGUUCGUUUAUGUGAAGAUGUUUUCUGCAACAUUCAAAAAUCAAAUCAAAACAUACUGGUCUGGAAGAUAUCUGGAAGAUAUUAGACCUGUAAUAUCUCUGUACAUAAUGUAUAUUACAAUAUGAACCUUGUUUAACAGCAUUUGUACUGAUCAGUAGCAGACAACUGGCCUCUCGUACACUUGUCAAUAGUGGCUUUCUGCACUUGACUGGUGUUUUUGCCAAUGCUUACUGUGACAAUAGUACCUGUGGUGAGCUUUUCUUUCAUUAUAGCAUAUAGAGUACACCGGAACAUAUCACUUUCCUUUUUUUCCCCCUACAAACAUCAUGACUUUUUGAAAAACUGACUGUCAUACAUGCCACGGGCCAAGUAUUUUUUUGGAGAUGUUAUGUCCUGUGUUUGAGAUCAUGGAUGUAUGUUAGAGUACGGUUGCAAUACAUUACUAGCUCACAUUUUAGGUCAUGUAAUCACUUGCACUAGGAGUAAUAUCAUGCUGAAACAAUGACAAACCACUUCCUGUGACAGGCAAAUCACAUGACUGAUCUACUGUGUAAGUCUUUUUAUGAUAAGUAUCUGAACUGGGUUUGAGUCUUGUACUAACCCGUGUGUUUCUAUACACAUUUCUGUUACCUUAUGAAAGCAGGACCAUAAUUUCUGUUCAAUGCAGAAAGCUCAAUCCUGAUAUCUACAGAUGCACAUGCUGGAAUCAUGGUCAGUAGAUGAAGGGCUGAACAAAAAUGUGGGCCUCAUUGUGCUAAACAUUUCCCACAUUAAGGAAUUCACUGACAUUUAUUGCACUAAUUUUCCUACUAUGGAAAUUCUCUUUCUACAUGUUUUAGACACGUUUUACAGAAUUUGAGUAUUCAUAAAUUCCUUCAGUUUACAGAACAGUUUGGAUUUUGUGAACCUGUUUUAUACAGUAAAAAGGGGGAAAAAAGAAUUUAUCUAAACUAAUAACAUUCAAAAGAAACAAGAGGCCCAUUCUGUGACAUUCUGCAUCUGCAUAUUUAAUCAGGUGUAUCAGGCCCAUUUAUAUGUCCUAUAUGUAGCUGUCACCUAGCAACAGCGCUGUAUUUAGAACUUGCUGUAAUCCACAGAAUAGGUCAAGCGAGUCUUCACAGAGGAAAGAUAAUGUGACUGGAGCACACUUGUCUAAUCUGACUGUAAUAUGUUGAAUGUAUUAAUAGAUACACCACCACAAGGGAAAACUUCAGUUAAUUAGAUCUCUCUGAAUCUAUGUUUUGUUUUAUAACCCCAUAUCCACAGCUUUAGUCCAUAGCCUCACGUAUCAUUAGCGGCAGAAAGGCUUGCUUCAAUGCAACUGCUAAAGCUUUUGCAACAACUACAUGGUUCUAUUUGUGCCAAACUGCUUCCACAUUUUCAUGCAAGACUUGGGAAGAGACAGAAUAAUGAA